AGUUUUAAUCUGUAUGAUGUGAAUGUUUUAUAAACACAGGUGGAACAACUUUGCAUGUGUAUCUAUUUGGUUUAUUCUAAAAGACAUAAUCUAAGCGAUAACAACUACGUUCCGAUUUUGUACGAUUUUUUUUUACAUUAACGAUUCCAGUUUAGGACAUAUCGUCCAUUUACGUUUUAAAACAAAAUGAAGAAAUAAUUAGAUAGAAGGUGAAAUGCAAGUUAAGAUGUCUCUAACCCUGACAAUAGUGAUCUAUUGUUUAAAUAAAUCAUCGGUUUUAUGAUAGUGUUAAGUGUUACACUAACUUGUACCGUUCCGAUAGAGUGAUUAGAUUGAUUAACAGAUUCAUUCUUUGUGAGGAAUUAUAUAUUUGGUGUUAUUUCCAUAAAAGAUUAAGUAAUGGACGGUAAAGGCGGUCAAUAGAAGGAGAAAAGAAUGUGAAAAGGAAUAUAUUCCGUAUGGAGAUUGAAAUUAUUGGAAGAAUUUGUUUUAUGAGGUACCUUUUGAAUAAGUAACAAUGUAUGGAUUACUGAUAAGUUCCGUUUCAAGCUACAUUAAAGAUACGUAUGGGGAGGAUAAAUGGGAAGAAAUAAGGAGGCAUGCACAUGUUACUUCACAUACCUUUGCAACACACGACAGAUAUUCCGAAAGAAUUAUCCCAGAUUUGGCAAAUGCAGCCAGCCAAGUGUUGAAUGUAUCUGCAGAAAAUUUAAUGUAUAAUUUUGGUGUCUGCUUUGUGUCAUUUGUAGGGCAAUACGGUUAUGAUAGGAUUUUAAAAGUCUUAGGACGACACAUGCGUGAUUUUCUUAAUGGUCUUGAUAAUUUACACGAAUAUCUGCGAUUUAGUUAUCAGAAAUUACGAGCACCAUCUUUUUAUUGCGAAAAUGAAACCCAGCAUGGUCUUACGUUGCAUUACCGGAGCAAAAGGCGAGGUUUUGUUCAUUAUGUCAAAGGCCAAAUUGUGCAGGUCGGCAAGCAGUUUUAUAAUACUGAAGUUAAGGUUGAUGUUAUUCUAGAAGAAGACGAUGACAUCAUGAUACAUGUAGUUUUUGAACUCCAUUUUGACAACACUGCCUACACAGAAUUACUGGAAAAAGAAAAGCGUAGACUAAACUCAGAUCACAGUCAAAUACAAUCAGACUUCCUAUUCGACCUAUUUCCUUUUCACAUGGUUUUUGAUCGCAAUUUGACCAUAAGAAAUAUAGGCAAUGGUCUAUAUGCAGUUUUACCGUCCAUUCUUGGUCGACGUGUAAACAAAAUGUUUACACUAAUACGCCCCCUUGUGGAAUUUAGAUGGGAAAGCGUAAGUAUGAAUCAAAUACAAGUUCAUACAAAUAAUGUGUUUGAAUUGUUGUCGGUGUUUGGCGUGUCUAGGAAAAGUUACUACUUUCCAACCAAAGAAGAAGACCAAUCAGAAGGCACUUCUCAGGCACAAUCUGACGAUUUCCUUGAAGACGACGAUGGAAAGUGUCUACAUUUGAAGGGACAGAUGUUAUAUAUGAAAGAAUGGGACCAAAUAAUAUUCCUUGGUAUUCCAGUACUUCAGAAUUUGGAUGCAAUGUUUAGGGCUGGUUUGUUCAUCAAUGACCUCAGUUUACAUGAUUCGAGUCGUGACCUCGUUUUGGCGGGUACACAACAAUCAGCAGAAUUAAAAUUGGCUCUUGAUCAGGAACAGCAAAAGAGUAAAAUUUUGGAGGAAAGUAUGGAAAAGCUAGACGCAGAAAUGAAACGAACUGAUUCCUUGUUGUAUCAGAUGAUUCCAAAACAGGUAGCAGACAGACUACGAAGAGGGGAACCAGCUAUAACAACCUGCCAGGUGUUUGAGAAUGUGACUAUUCUAUUCAGUGAUGUUGUUGGUUUUACAACAAUAUGCAGUCGUAUAACACCGAUGGAAGUUGUAUCAAUGCUGAAUGCUAUGUACACGUGCUUCGAUCGACUGAGUGAAACACAUGGUGUUUAUAAGGUAGAAACAAUUGGUGAUGCAUAUAUGGUUGUAGCCGGCGCCCCAGAAAUAUGUCCUGACCAUUCAGCUAGGAUACUUGAUAUGGCUCUGGACAUGAUUAACGCCAUCGUAGAUCUCAGGGAUCCUUCUACUGGCGGAUCAAUGAAAAUAAGAAUUGGUAUCCACACAGGAAAUGCCGUUGCUGGUGUUGUGGGUAUUAAGAUGCCAAGGUACUGUUUAUUUGGUGAUACCGUCAACACUGCUUCCAGAAUGGAAACCAAUGGAGAGAGUAUGAAAAUACACGUCGGAGAAACAACAUAUCGAUUCGUGCAGGAUGACGACUAUAUACUUCACGAACGAGGAACAAUUGAUGUGAAGGGUAAAGGAACAAUGAAAACAUACUGGUUGUUGGGCAAAGGUUCUAAAGUUAAUAAAAAUAUACUUGGACAAAGAUCAACAACUCCAGAUGACAAUAUAUCUAUGUGUCCUAUGGCUUCAAUUGUCAUGGAAGAAAUGUCUCGAAGGUCAUCUUCACCUGAUGUUAACUUUUCAAGGUCUCUUGACAUGUGUGCAAUGUACUCUCCUGUAUCAUUUGAUGAUAUUCAUCGAAAUAAAAUUCCAAUUACCUUUCGCAAAGAAAUGCAAUUAAAACGAAAUAGCAAUGAAAGCUCCCCGAUUAAACUAGCCAGAAACGAACAAACGUGUAAGACUAAUGGUCUGAAUAUUCAUGCAAACAGUCCAGAGAAAAUUCGGACAGACCUAACAAAACUCAACAAUGUGAAUGAAAACAAUUUGAAUGGUGUGCUCAAGAAUGGAUUCGUGACAGAAAAGGUUAACACCAAUUUUUCUACACCAGAAGUGAAGAAAGAAUCGAAUAUAACAGUUGAAAAUCACCUGAAGAAAAACAAUAAUAAGGAAAAGUUAGACACUAAAAGCUACCAAAGCAGUACAUGCAGUAUAGUAUAAAAAUAAGCAUCCUCAUUUGGUGACGAAUUGUUAUCUUAUGGUUGGUAACAUGAUGUAAUGGGACUGACACUAUAACAAUUGGUGACAAUCCUGGAUUAAUACUGUUAAACUCGGGGACUUUUUUCUAUAUAUAUAUUUAAUAGUAUAUGUUGUAAGAUGUUUAAUUGGAAACGCCUAAAAGGCGUGAAAUUGAUGCAAACAGCAGUUAGGUAAAAUGUUGUAAAAUGCAUGCAACCGUUUUUGUCUAAAAUAUUUUUCAGUUUUAAAAACCAUACACAAUGAUAAAAUUGAGAAAGGAAAUGUGUCAAAGCGACAACAACCCGAGCAUAGAGCAGACAACAGCCGAUCCUGCUUUCAACGAUUACAUGAUUUUAACAGCAGGUGUAAUAACUAUCAAUGAGAGUAUCAUGUCUUGACAUAGCUUGGAUUUCUAGUCAUGAAUUUGGUUAUACUAAAUGUCCUUUGGGGAAUUUGAAUAUUUUUGUCUUGAGCAUCACUAAAUAAACACCAGAGACAAUAACAAUAACGGGACCAAUUUAUCUGCACUAGAUGCGAAGGUGUCUUAAUGUGCACCUGAUGCAGUAACCUUGUACCAUAAACAGACCUUACAUCCUGAUUUUUCAUUGCUUAUGCCCUUUGAAAAUGACAUAUGACAUCAGUGUUAUAUUACAGUAUAAGGAUGCUGUCUACAUGAGAGCGUUUGGUCAUUAUAAUCAAAUCUUUGACAGGUUUUUGUUUUAAUUUGUUAAAUUGAAGUUACAUUUUUACAGUUAUCGUUUAGUUUUAAAGUGCAAUGCAAACUUUGAUAAUUUUACAAAUGGUUUAAGAAAAUACUGCAUUGAUUCUUUUUAAAUCAAAAUUUAGUUAAAUCAGAGAGCGUGAGCAGCCUGAAAAGAUUUUCAAAAAGUAGUUAAAAUCCCCUGAGGUUUGAUUGGGGUUAACAAUUUUAUAGUUAUUGAUGUUAAAAUCCCCUGAGGUUUGAUUGAGUUUAACAAUUUUAUAGUUAUUGAUGUUAAAAUCCCAUGAGGUUUGAUUGGGGGUAACAAUUUUAUAGUUAUUGAUGUUAUUUUUAUUUUAUUACUUUACAUCAGACAUGUGUAUUGUUCAAGAAUGAAACAAUAUGUUACGUUAAGAAAACGUGUUAUGUGUGUACAGUACAUAUUUUACUUUUAUACAAAAACUAAACUUCUAAUUUGUUUUUUUACGUUUUUUCUCUUCUACAUAUAUAUGAUCUAGUCACCAUUGUGUGUUUUUGUUUGCUAAAUCACUAUGAUUUUGUUCUCGAUUUUAUACCAAGCAUCUUUCAAUUUUGUAUGAUAUUGAAAACUAUUAUUUGCAAUUCUGUAUUAUAUUUCAGCAUUUUUCUAAUUUGAAUAGACUUAUUGAACCUUGAAAGUCAGAAACUAUUUAUAUUGAGGGUGUCAAAUGAUAUAUAGACGUCUUAACGUGUAACAAGCAAGUUAUAUGUUGUAAACAUAAAUGAAUUAUAUACAACAAAAAAGAACAUUAGAAUCUAAAUUUCGUAUAACCCAGUUGACCUUGUUGGAAGGGUGCUAUACAAAGUGCAGUAGGAGUGGCCAGAAUUUAUUACAGAUUCAAAUGCUGCAGAAAAGACAUAGUUUUGCUAUAACAAAUUUGAAGAUGAUUUGUAUGCCUCUAUAAGCCUAUUUUAUAUUUCUAAAUAUUGUUAUCUUCAUUUUUAUUUUUUCAACGUGAUAAAAACUGUUGUUGCCCGAACAAUGUAAGCAAUUUAUUUGUUCUACUGGUAUUUGGAUGUAUAAACACAAAAGCAAAAAUGGUCGUUGUGUGACUAUUUGGUUUAUGUAUAUUUUUACUAUCAAUCAUGGAAGAAUUCUUAAUUUUGAAUGCAAACAAUUAUAAUGUAUGUAUUACAACCAUGAUUAACACGUCUGUAAGGUUUGUUCUUUUUUUAAACUUGUGAAUUGUAUUUAAUAAUGUUUAAUUCGAAAAUAAUUAAUUUGCUUAUGAUAGCCUGACUGCUUAAUUAGUUCAAGUAUAUUUUGUACAAUAUGUCUGAAAUUUAUAUAGAACG